AUGUUGACGGCAACCAAUCCUGCUGCUGCAAAGAAUAUUGCACGGUUCAAUAUGAAGGAGCGGUGCUACAAGUUCGAGCCCAUGGUGGAACAGACAAUGGUGCACUAUGCAACAGACGGCUGGUUGUUGCACAAAGCCAAUGACGAGGCCAAGAAGCAGAUAGACAUGGAAAAGCUGCAAGAAGAUGCUCUCAUGAAGUUUCAGGCUGAGAUGGACAGGGCAGUGUCCGAAAAAAAGGACGAAGGCGUCGAAACAGAGCCACCCGACGACAGCAGGCAGCUUCGAAAUCAAUUCAACUUCAGCGACAGGGCAGCACAAACCUUCAACAACCCAAUGAGGGAGCGUGCAACCUUCACAGAGCCACCUCCCACAUCGGCAAUGGCUGGAUCAGUCUCACAAUGGGAAAUAUACGACCAGUACAUUCAAGACAUCGAGAGGCAGAAAGUCCAGGAGGAGAUCAACAAAGCAAAGGCAGCCGCAAAGAAGGGUGGCGCGGUGCCUUCCCAGGCCCCAAAACCCUCCGCAGAGGAGGAAGACGAAAACAAAGACACCUCCAAUACCAUUCAAGGGCCAGAGAUGAGCCGCGCGGCUCACGUGCUGGAAAGGAUGGUCAACCAGAACACAUUUGAUGAGCUGUCAAUGGACUUUAAGUACUGGGAUGACGCAACGGAUGCACUUCGAGAAGCGGAGGGCACCCUGCUGCCCCUGUGGAAAUUCUCCAACGAGAUGACCAGGCGGCGGCACGUCACAUCCCUUUGCUGGAACCCCCGGCACCUCGACAUGUUCGCUGUGGGGUAUGGCAGCUACGACUUCCUCAAGCCCAGCAGCGGCCUGAUCUGCAUCUACUCCAUGAAGAACGCCUCCUACCCGGAGUACACGUUCACCACCGAUUCGGGCGUCCUGUCCGUGGACUUCAACCCCGAGCGCGACAACCUGCUGGCUGUGGGGUGCUACGAUGGCUCGGUGCUUGUCUUCGACGUGUCCAAAAAAAUCAACAAGCCAGUGUACCAGUCGACCAUAAAGAACGGCAAGCGAAGCGACCCGGUGUGGCAGGUGUCCUGGCAGCCAGACGAGAGCUCCAAGCUGCCUCAGUUCUAUUCCGUCUCCAGCGACGGGCAUGUGGACUUGUGGACGGUGACGAAGGCGGAGUUGAUGCACGAGGAGGUCCUGAGCCUGAGGAUGGUGCCGCGUGCGGGGGACGGUGAGGCGGGAGGCGAAGCUCGGGCGGGGAGCCUGGCGAGGGGUUGCUGCUUCGAUUUCAGCAAGGCCAACGCCUUCAUCUACCUCGUGGGAACGGAGGAGGGCCGCAUCCACGAGUGCUCCAAGGCCUACAGCUCGGAGUACCUGAACACUUUCGACGGCCAUGGCAUGCCCAUAUACUCCGUGAAGUGGAACUACAUCCACACCAAGAUGUUCCUCACCGCCUCCGCGGACUGGUCCGUCAAGCUGUGGAACAGCACCUCCCCGGAGAAGAACGUCAUGGCCUUCGACCUGGGAAGCCCCGUGGGGGACGUGGCCUGGGCGCCGUACUCCUCAACAGUUUUCGCGGCCGUCACUGACGAGGGCAAGGUGCACGUGUACAACCUGUUCCGCAACAAGCACGAGGCAAUGUGCGAGCAGAAGAUCAUCAAGAAGGGGCGGCUGACCAAGCUGGAGUUCAACCCCAGGCACCCCAUCGUCAUCGUGGGGGACGACAGGGGCUGCGUGACGUGCCUGAAGCUGUCCCCCAACCUCAGGAUGACGUCACAGCCGGAGAAGGGGCAGAAUUUCGAGGAGAUGGAGGUGCAGAAGCUGGACAAGGUGAUUGAGGUGGCGCUGAAGAGUGUUGUGGGAGGCGAGGGGGGUGAAAAGAUCUGA